AUGGUGAACACGGGCAAGGAGGACGAACGCUACGAGAUCCAGGACAUCCUGCACUACGGCGAAUUCGGCGACAUCUACCGCGUGCGCAACACGAAAAGCCGCCAGUACCAUCAGCUGAGGACGGAGCUCGUCAGCCCGCCCGAGACACAUCAGCACGUGGUCAACGCCGGCCAGGACGACGACUUCAAGUUCUUGGUGACGAAGACACUGGGGCGGACGGUGCACGAGGUCCGCCGCUACUACGUCAAGAAGAACUUUACGGCCCACGACGCGCUGCACGUCAUCACGCACAUGUACUUUGCCAUCGAGUAUCUCCACCAGCUCGGCUAUGUGCAUGGCAACCAGCAGAUCCCGGAGCCGAUCGCGCUGCAGUGCAAGGAGCAAUUCUUCCAGGGCGGAGAAAAGAUCACCAACGACUUCUUCGAGGACACCCCCAAGGAGAUGAAGGCGCUCGUGCCCCAGAUUGACGCGCUAGCCUUCGACCACGUGCCCAACUAUGACGCAUUCCGCGGCGUGCUCACCGCGCUGCGCGAGAAGCUGCCGCAGGGCAAGGCGCCGAAAUGGGCAGGCCACUCGAGGACCAACGUCUACCCGGGCCCCAAACGCCCCACCGUCAAGGCCACGAAGAAGAAGUCGAAGAAGAAGAAGGGCAACCAGAGCCGCGAGCAGACCGAGGACGAGGAGGACGAGGAGGAGGAGUCGCAGGUGAACAAGAAAAGGAAGAAGAAGUCGGUGAAGAAGAGCCAGGGCAAGCAGCUGAAGCGCAAGGCCUCCCGCGAAAAUGUCUCGGCCGAACAGGAGGAGGGCGAAGAAGAGGACAACUACAUCAACAUCAACCUGUUGCGAAAGGCCGUCGCCAGUCAGGAGGAGGCGGACGACGAGUCGGCGAGGAAGGCCAAGAAGGCGAAGCGGCUGAAGGGCCAGUCGUCGUACAGCAAAUUGGGCGGCGCCGGGGCCUCCUCGAAGACCUCGAUGAUGGGCAAACCGACGUCUAUCUCGGGGAGAAACGCCGAA